UGCAUUGUGGAGAGACCUCAGAUUUCUUGGUCAUCCAUCAAUCAUCUCAGGCAGGGGCUCAUAUUUAAAAGUACUAUUUAACAGUACUUAUAAGUGCUUCAGAAACUUCAUCUUGUCAACAUUCCACCAACUCAGCAAAACAAUCAACUACAAUCCUUUACAAUGGCACCUCAAAGCAUCUUUCUCGUCGGCGCUGGAUAUGUCGGACAGAACGUCUUCGAUCAGCUUCUUGCAGCGAAAUAUCCAGUCACAGUCUUUGUACGGCGGCAAGAGCAAGCAUCAAUAUUCGAGGAGGCCGGGGCAAAAACCGUCCUCGGCACUUUAAGCGAUCUCGAGCUACUCACGAAGCAAGCCGCUCUGCAUGAAAUAACCAUAAACACUGCAUCAUCCGACGACUUGCCAAGCGUGGAAGCCAUACUGUCAGGCGUGCGCCAGCGUGUUCAUGCGGGCCUGCCGAGUAUUUAUAUUCAUACGAGCGGAUCAGGCGUGCUCGAUGAUGGUGCAAUGGGAAUGCACAAGGACGGUAAAGCCUACGGCGACGAUGUUCCAGGAGACAUCGACGCCUUGCCGCCCGCUUCCAUCCACCGCCACGUGGACAUCCCAAUCGUCCAAGCAGCGCAUGAGUUUGGGGAGAAGGCAAAGAUCGCCAUCAUUCUUCCUGCACUUGUCUAUGGGGUGGACCGGGUCCAUAAGCGCAAUUCUUUUGUGCUGCCGAUUCUGGUGCGCUUUACGUUGAAGCAUGGGUUUGCAGGCCAUGUGGGUGAAGGUCGAAAUAUAUGGAGCGUCAUUCACGUCAAGGACCUUGCGCGCGCCUAUAUGACGAUGUUGGCAUAUGUUGAGAAGUCCGCACCGGCAGCCAUCCUGGAGAAUCCAUACUUUUUCGCCGAAAACGGGUCCGAGGUCUCAAUGCGUGAGGUUGCAGAAAAGCUUAGCCAAGUUCUGUUCGAGGCUGGCAAGAUCAAGGGUCCUAAGGUACAGACAUUUACUGAAGCCGACUACGCGGAUAUUUUGGGCCCUAUGACUCCUGUUCUUGGUUGUAAUGCGAGAACUCGUACGAUCAGGUUACGGGAAUUGGGUUGGGAACCCAAGGAGAAGGAUGUGUGGACUACUUGGAAGGAGGAGGAAGUUCCAGCGAUGUUAGCUGCAAUGGACUCGGCGUGAGAAGGGAAAUGAAAUCCUCUCAUUCGCGUAUUCAUAACCUGGCUUUAUAUGAUUAAUCUUGUUUACACAAAUAGACGCUACAUCUGGAAACAAUUGAUUUUUAUUUAUUAGUUAUAUACCGAU